AACCCGGCACAGACUUGGCCACUGUACAGAAGCACCUCGCAGAACUCAAGGAACUUCAUCAGAGUCUUUCUGAGGGAAAGCACCUGUUUGAUGUAGUCACCGAGGCAGCCAGUAAGACACAAGGCGGCCUCUCUGAUGUUAGCCAGGCCCCUAUUCGCUCUCAGGUGGAUAGUCUACGUGACCAACUAACCACACUCGAGCAACUGACGAGCGAGGCGACUGGCCGGAUGGCGUCGCUCCAGUCCCGCUGGCAAGAGCUCAUGCAGGGAGCCGACACGCUCAAGGUCUCACUCCGCGAAGUGGAAGAGUCGCUGAAGGAGCGACCUGUGUCGGGCGGAGACCUUGUCCAAAUCCGCUGCCUUGUCGAGCAGUACAAGCAUACUGCCCGAAACCUGGACGACCACAAGCAGAAGCUGAAGGAGCUUCGUCUCGAAGCGUCCGAAUUGGCCGAGAAGACGGACGGCGGGGAAGUGCUUCCCGUGCUCCGGGAAAUGGCAGAUCAACUGGACUCACUACAAAAGAAGUGUCAGUCCACACUGGACUCGCUGGAAUCGGAGCUGCACGAUGCCCAGAGCUACCACAAGGCACUGCAGGAGGCCGAAAAGUGGCUCCUACAGAUGUCAUUCCCAGUAAUGGCCCAGCAUUCACUUCAGGUGCUCAACAAGCAGCAGACGCAAGAACAACUCGACAAGUACAAGGGCAUCCUGGCUGAGGUCAAGCAGUACCAGUCCACCCUUGAUGACGUCAAGGCCAAGGGUCGGGGACUGGUCAACCGCUACAAGAAGGACGCACCCCAGCUAGAGCAGCAGGUGCAGUCUCAGCUCGACAACAUUCAGGAGAGCUAUGAUGCACUACUCACUGGCGCUAACCAAGUCCUGGCUCGUCUCGAGAGUGCUUUGCAGAAGUUCAUCAGCUACGAGACGAUGCUCGAGGUGUGUGACAAGUUGCUUGAGGAACUGGAGCCCAAGAUUGCCGCGCUCUCUGAGGACACUCCAAAGACAGCAGAGGCCUCCAAGAUCAAGCUGGAAACUUGCAAGGGCAUGCUGACCCAACUGACCGAGGCAAGGACCCAGUUCCAAGAGGCCAUUCAGGGCUGCAUUGAGGCGGUGUCUUCAGUAAGCAGGCCAUCUAGCCCGGAGGUGGCUACGGUCUUCAGUGUUCCAGAACAGGAGGCCAGCAUCAAGAUACGCCUCCAGGACAACAUUGAACAGUUGGAGGCCAUCGCUGCCCAACUAGAGGUUCAGCUCAGAGGCUUUGAGGAAGCCGGACGCAAGCGGGCUGCUAUCGAAGACUGGAUUGUCGAGAAGCAGUCCACUGUCACGCAGCUGGGAAGCGCCAAGUUUCCUCCGCAGACACUGGCACUGCAGGCUCAACUUAGGCAGCUUGAGGCAAGUCUUUCUUGUAAAGCUUUUGCAUUUAGAUGAAACAAACAAAAAAUAAGGGC